AUGAAGGGUGAACACACACACAGACGAGACUCCCUCCCUGAGGACAGGUCGAUAACAUUCUACCUCGACGGCCGUACGAGUAGCCCCAUCGACCUUCCUGUGGGCUUCUCUCUCGACAAGUGCACAGGCAAGCUCAGAGGCACACAACACUCUACAUGGAGCACGCCUCACGCCAUGUAUGGACUCCCUCAGGCAAGCUCAACAAUACAUGGUUUGAGACUUUCUUGACUUCUCACCUUGGUGGUGGAACACAACGAAAACUGAGUUUUGCAACGUAAAGGCGACACAACAUAGACAUUCAGGAAGAACGGCCCGAAUGGGCGGAGGGAUGUGUGCGAUGGAUUAUUUUGGUGGCGGUGUUUAUGCACAGUGAUACCGUCGCUCCCCGGCAGCUACACCGAGAACUGCAGACACCAGAAGACCUUAGGAGAUGGGCAGAACUAUACAUUAGCGAGACACACAUAGAAGUGGGGUCGCCCGUGCCCGGCGGAAAAGGCGUCUACGUUAGUGAAGAAGACGCACACGACGACCUUCCUCUGCCUACAUUUGUGCUCGAUGCCUUGUCUAUGUGUUGUUCUUUUUCAGGAGAGCGUUGGGGAACUCUUCGACUAG